AUGGACCACGACGCCGCAAUCACGGGUCAAAAGCCUGUCGUCGCCGACACGCACCACGCGCCCGAGCUUGUGCACGACGCCCAGGAACGACACGUUUUAGGUGCUCAGCCGGCUAUCGACACUACAGGCGAUGCCAAGAUCUUGUCCGAAACCUAUGCCGACGAGAAACGCGAGGGAGCGGACCAUGUUCAACUUGGACUGGACGACCAUGAUGACACCUCGGACGACGAGGCCCUGCCUGACGACCUCUUCGUGUCAUUUCCCCCCUUGAAGGGCGUCCCUCCCGAGGCAAGCCCGCUUACAGUCCGAGCUGUGCUGAUUGGCAUCAUUCUCGGAUCGCUUUGCAAUGCUUCCAACGUUUAUCUAGGUCUCAAGACCGGCUUCACCUUUCCUGCCACCAUGUUUGGUGCCAUUUUCGGAUAUGGAAUUAUUACAAUUCUCACAAAGGCUUUUCCUCAUAUUUCCUUCCUCGGUGGGCGCUUUGGUCCACAGGAGAACUCCAUCGUCCAGGCUGCCGCCACCGGCGCUGGUGGUAUGAGUGGACUGUUUGUUGCCGGCUUGCCUGCCAUGUACCGCCUCAGCCUACUCUCCGACAACCCCAAGGCCGACUUUGGUCGCAUCUUGACUCUAACGAUUGUUUGCGCCCUAUUCGGUCUCUUUGCUGCUGUACCUCUGCGCAAGUUCUUCAUUAUCAAUGUCUCGCGUGAGCUGAACCUCGUUUUUCCCUCGCCGACUGCUACCGCCGUCGCCAUUCGAUCGAUGCAUUCCGUCUCGUCUGGCGCUGUCGAUGCCAUGAACAAGGUCAAGGCUCUAUUUUACGCUUUCGCUGGUGCUUUCAUUCACAUUAUCGUCUCCCAAUACGCUGACGGUAUUUUGCACAACUGGCACAUCUUUUCAUGGUUUUACAUCUGGAGCGGAUACAGCAAUUGGGCGCAGAACAUUGACAACUGGGGCUGGUAUAUCCAAUUGACUCCUGCCUUUUUUGGAUCUGGUAUUCUUGUUGGUCUUAACACAGCAUUUUCCUGGUGGGGAGGCACUGUCGUUGCCUGGGGCUUGAUUGGACCCCUUUUAGUUCACUAUGGCGAGUGUGUAGGCACCCGUCCUUACCUCGAAGCUGAAGAUCCUGUCAUUGCCGAACGAUGGGGUGUUGUUGCUGGCUUUGGCAAGAUGACUGGCAUUGGCCAGCCUGGCUGGAAGGCAUCCCCUCGCUACUGGAUGCUGUGGCCUGGUGUGAUGGUGCUCCUGGUUUACUCGCUGAUUGAGUUCUUCAUCCACAUUCGCGUCCUCUGGGAUGGUCUCUUAUUUGCUUUCCGAGAAAUGUCGGUUAGCAUUGACGCUGCCCUCAAGAAGCGCGGCAAGUCCAGCCCCUUUUUCGAGAAGCAAGCCGCCAAGGUCAACGAUGACAAUUGUCUGACCAAGGACUUUGCCACGCCUGAGCAACAGGUCCCCGUGUACGUUUGGCUUAGCGGAACUAUUGUCAUGAUGGCUGUUGCUUGUCUAGUCUGUCACUUCCAGUUCGGAAUGAAUGCAGGCUAUGCCAUUGUAGCCUGUCUUCUCGGCAUCAUUUUUGCCUUUAUGAGUAUCUACGGAGGCGCCGUCACCGAUGUUGCGCCUUUGACCGCGUCUUCCAAAGCCUCACAGCUCGUUUUUGGUGGUAUCACAAAGGGUACCGAGCAGGCCCAUGCCCAGCGCAUCAACUUGAUUGCUGGAAACAUUGCCACUGGAACGGCUGAUGUCUCCACGGCUCUCGUCAGCGAUUUUCGCGUCGGUUUCCUCCUGCAGACCCCACCCCAUCUCCAGUUCUACGCGCAGGGCAUCGGCGCCUUUGUCUCCAUCUUCCUGGCACCGGGCAUCUUUGUUCUCUUCAUGGCUGCUUACCCCUGUGUCUGGAAACCCGAGCUCCAGGACGGCGAGUGCCCUUUUGCCGCCCCCUCGGUUGCUGCCUGGGUGGCUGUCGCCCAGGCCGUCACGGAACCGCACGUGCCGAUUCCUCUCAAGUCGGGCAUUUUCGCCAUUGUCCUCGGUGUGUUUGCGGCAUGCCAGGCUCUAUUCAAGAACUUUUACCUGGUUGGCUCCCGCGCCAAGUAUCGUUCCUACCUGCCCAACUGGAUGGCCAUCGGUGUUGCUUGGGUUCUAGGCCCCGAUUCCGGUUAUGCCAACGCUGUGCUGUUUGGUUCCAUCACCGCUUGGUGGUGGAGAAAAUUCUUCCGCAACAACUUCGAGGCCUACGGCUUUGCCAUUGCUGCCGGUCUUAUCGCUGGUGAAGGUCUUGCUGGUGUUAUCAACGCCGCACUGACUCUUGGUGGUGCUGAUGGUGGAACUAAAGGCACGUCUAUUGCUCUUCCCGGAGCAAAAUGGUGA